CCGAAGCCUUCGAAUUGAAACAAAAAUCUGCAGCUGCCGCUGAGAUAAAAGCUGUUUUAGAUUCGUGGGUGCGUUAUGAAGCCUCGCUACGUGAACGUGAACAAAAAGCACUUGCUAGUUAUCUUAUGGAACGUGUGAUGGCUCAAUUACGAGAUCAAAAAACGCAACAAGAGAUCCUUAUCCAAUCUAUUGAAGACGUUGAAAAUAUUCCACGGGCUGCACCGGAUAUAUUUCCCCGUAACAUUUCUGAUUUUUAUA